AUGCUUCCCAAGGACCUCGACUUCUUCAACUGUUUGUCCUCGGUGGGCGGCAUCGUAGGCUCCCGAGGACAGGGAAACUACAACGCAGGUAACACUUACAAGGACGCUCUGAUGCACAACCGUCGCGCCCACGGCCUCAAGGAUACAAGCAUCAACGUCGGUGUCGUGCUCGGCAUCGGCAUCACGGCCGAGCGCGGCGAGAUUCCGACUUACCUGGAAUCGGGCGCCAUGAUCGGUGUCCGCGAGAAAGAGCUGCUGGCCACUGUUCAAGCAGCCAUGGCCGACGAGCUCCCAGUCCAGUCGGUCGUCGGCCUCUCCACCGGCGGGUUGCCCAAGCAAAACGGCCACGAUGAGCCUUACUGGUUUGAGGACGGCCGCUUUGCGCACCUGCGCAUCUACGACACGCAGUCUUUUGCUGUGGUCAAUGAGUAUACGACGGCGGAGCUGCAGGCUGCGCUGGCGGCGGCCACGAGCUUGGCGAAGCCGUCGGAGUUGGUGUGCGGUGCCCUGAUGCGCAAGCUUGCCAAGGCGAUGUUGACCGAAAUCGAGGACCUGGAUUCGAGCAGACCCGUGAAUGCGUACGGCGUUGACAGUUUGGUGGCUGUCGAGGCGCGCGCCUGGGAUGUCAAGAGCGACGUCAGCGUGUCCGACAUUCUGAGCAACGUGCCCGUGUCGCAGUUGGCUGAGAUCAUUGCCGCAAAGAGUCAAUUGGUCAGUGCGAGCGUCAGGAACGUGGAGAACACAAAGGAUCUGUGGAAGAAUGUGGGAUACUGGUGA